AUCAAACUCCAAUGAGCUGAUACUCAUCGACUCUUACACAACGCGCGGGGAGGGGUUACGUGCACUCGAAUAAGACAAAAGGACGACAAAGGACGAAGAAGAAGGACUGAGCAACAAUGGACGAGCAGCAAGAGCCGCACUCGCUGGCAUCGACGUUUCCAAACCCGCCGGAUUUCUGGAAGGAAUUCACGCCAGAGAGAAUCGCAGAGAUUAUAGAGCUGCGACGAGCUCAAGCCGCUGAUGGCGAGGACGUGGACAGUGUGCAGAUUCCGAAUCUGCCUGAGCAUCUGAGGGCUCUGCAGCCGCCGCCAGAACCGGCAGAUGGGCGGUGGCGAGUCUUUGGCGACCAGUACAUGCUUGACGACAAACUCCCGACUCUCGAGGAGCAAGGCAUCGAAAACCUUCCAGCAACAGCCUCCUCCAGCGCCAAAGACGCCAAGCACUACGAUCGCGCCUUUGAGCUCAAGCGCCUAACCAAAUCUCUACUACUCAACUUCCUCGAGAUGGUCGGCACGCUGGCGCGCAAUGCCAGCGACGCCGAAGCCAAGAUUGCCGACUUACGCACCAUAUUGAUUAACAUUCACCACAUCCUCAACGAGUACCGCCCGCAUCAGGCCCGCGAAUCGGCCAUUGAGAUGAUGCAGGACCAUCUUGAUCGUACACGCACCGAAACGGCCGCCAUUCGCACGCAGGUCGACAAGGCGAGGAAAGUUCUUGAAGGCCUGGGUAGCUUGGACUUGUCGGCGAUUCCAAAGGAACAGAUUCUGGUGGAGGAUCCGACGGCAACGUGGACAGACGAGAAGAAGCUCUUGGUUGAGAAGACGCUGAGAGAGGCCAGGGUGUGGGCUGCGGCUGAUGCGUUAAUCGAAUAGUGGAAGACGACGGAGGGCAUAUUCAAAGAGUUCGAGAUGACACGAGUGAUUUCGUGGCCGAGCCCGAAGCUGGGAUGUAAAUGCACCGCCAGAUGCAGACGGAGAGAGAGAGGAAGAGGCAGGGUUAAAGGGAUGUGGAAGCUGCUUCGAUGGAGGACUAUAAUAAUUGAAACUGCGGAGGGAAAGACGAAAAAGAAACGGCUAUUAUUAAUGCAGGAUGCCAGCAUAAAGUUGAUGAAUAAUGACCGGUUACGACUUUGGAGGCAACUGAAAGAGUGUUACUGAGAUAUCUUUUAUUGACGACAUCAAGAAUCAUUGGUAUAUCACAGAGAGAAGGGAGAGGGAGAGACACAGAAUUAGGACAAUUAGGACUAUUCA